AUGCUCUGGCUCUUGUGCAGCUCCUGGGCGGCGGCUCCCUUGCUCAGCUCUCCAGGGCUAGUUUUUGUCGGCUGGCUGUGGCUGCACCAUCUUGGACUCCCCGUGACGCUGGCGUCUUCCUUCCUGACAGGUUCUGUUGCAAAAUGUGAGAAAGAGGGAGAAAUUAUACAGAUCCCAUCUAUUACAGACAAUCCUUGCAUAAUGUGCAUUUGCUUGAACAAGGAAGUGACAUGCAAACGUGAGAAGUGCCCUGUACUUUCGAAGACAUGUGCUCUGGUUAUUAAGCAAAGAGGAACAUGCUGUGAGAGAUGUAAAGGUUGCAGUUUUGAAGGAAGUUCAUAUAACAGCUCAGAGUUAUGGCAGAGUCCAAAUAAACCCUGUUUUACACUACAAUGUCAGGAAGGAGUGAUAACAGAGUCUGAGAUUCAGUGUAUUGUUCAUUGUACAAAUCCUUACAAGGAACCAGGGAUAUGUUGCCCCAUAUGUCCAGGUUGCACACUUGAAGGUAGACAUUUCUCUGAAGGUGGGAAAUUUCAUCCUGAUGGGAACAAAUGCAUCACAUGUACUUGUAUUGAUGGAAGGACACAUUGUAUACAGGAAGUGUGUCCCAUUCUUUCAUGUCCUCAACAUCUCAGUCACACACCUUCUGGCCAGUGUUGCCCAAAAUGUGUAGGGCAGAGGAAAGUAUUUGAUCUCCUGUUUGGAAGCUGUCUCUUUCAUAGUGAAGUUUAUGACAAUGGAGCCUCCUUUAGGUAUGACAACUGUACUACAUGUACAUGCAGGGAUUCCACUGUGGUAUGUAAGAAAAAAUGCUCUCCUCCCAGAGGUUGUAUCAAAGCCAGAGAAGAGUGCUGCAAAGAGUGCCUCUUAUAUGUGUCUCCUGAGGAAACGAAAGUGUGCAAGUUUGGAAAUAAAAUCUUCCAGGAUGGAGAGAUAUGGCCCUCUAUUAACUGUACCAUCUGUGCCUGUGUAAAAGGCAAGACAGAAUGUCGCAAGAAGCAAUGUAUUCCAGUCAGCAGCUGCCCUCAUGGAAAGAUCCUCAACCGAAAAGGAUGCUGCCCCAUUUGCACUGAAAAGCCUGGAGUUUGCACUGUAUUUGGAGACCCCCACUACAACACUUUUGAUGGGCGGACAUUUAACUUUCAGGGAACAUGUCAGUAUGUUUUGACAAAAGACUGCUCUUCCACCACCUCACCUUUCCAGGUGCUGGUAAAGAAUGAUGCCCGAAGGACUCGUUCUUUUUCCUGGACAAAAUCUGUAGACCUUAUGCUGGGCAGCAGCACUGUCAGCCUCCACCAGCAUCUCACAGUGAAGUGGAAUAGAACUCGCAUUUCUCUACCAUAUGAGACACCACAUUUUCACAUUGACUUGGAAGGAUAUCUAUUGAAAGUGACAACCAAAGCAGGACUAGAAAUCUCUUGGGAUGGAGACAGUUUUGUUGAAGUUAUGGCUGCCCCGCAUCUUAAAGGUCGGCUUUGUGGUCUGUGUGGCAACUAUAAUGGACAUAAGAGAGAUGAUCUGAUUGGUGGUGAUGGUCAUUUUAAGUUUGAUGUGGAUGACUUUGCUGAGUCCUGGCGUGUGGAAUCAAAUGAAUUCUGUACUCGUCCUCCAAGGAAGCAAUUUCCUGAAUUGUGCCAAGGAACUGUGAGACUAAAACUACGUGUUCAUCGGGAAUGCCAAAAGCUCAAAGCAUGGGAUUUUCAGAUUUGCCACUCAACUGUGGACUACACUGUGUUUUAUCGAUCCUGUGUGACAGAUAUGUGUGAGUGCCCAGUUCAUAAACACUGCUAUUGUGAGUCAUUUCUAGCUUAUGCUAGAGCUUGUCAGAGAGAAGGUCUGAAGGUCCAUUGGAAACCUGAAGAAAAUUGUGCUGGAACCCAAUGUAAAUAUGGUGCAGUUUAUAACAUGUGCGGUCCUGGUUGUGUGAAGACUUGUGCCAAUUGGAAUGAGAUUGGUCCCUGCAAUAAACCCUGUGUUGCAGGAUGCCAUUGUCCUGCCAACUUAGUCCACCACCAAGGAAGAUGCAUCAAACCCACUCUCUGUCCACAGCGGUGA